GUAGGGGUUGAACUCACAUUUUCAAUGUGCGUGUGUGUGUGUAAACCGUGAGAAGAUAAAGGGGCAUUCAAAAAUCUUCUUUCAGCAUACACUCCGGAUCAUUGAGCCCUCAGUGGACACGUAGACGCUCCAGUACAGUAAGAAGAAAAACAAACAGCCAAGAUGUGUUGUGGCAGCUUUCUCAAGAUUAUGAUGUUUAUCUUCAAUGGCGCCAUCUUUUUGGCUGGUGCAGCAAUUCUGGGUGUGGGAGUGUGGGUGGCGGUGGACAGUGAGUCUCUGCUGAAAUUACUGGAGAAGGUGGAUACAAACCAAAGUCUAUCACUGCUGGCCAACGUCAGCUAUCUGCUCAUUGGAGUGGGUGCUGUACUACUGGUUAUUGGCUUCCUGGGCUGCUGUGGAGCGAUCAGGGAGAGCAAGUGUAUGCUGUUGACGUUCUUCUGUAUUGUACUGAUUAUCUUCCUGGUCGAGGUUGCAGGAGCCGUGGUGCUGUUUGUCUUCCAGGGUUUUACUGAGAGCAUUUUCAACAGUCUGGAGAAGGACAUGAAGAACAUCAUUCAAAAGGAUUAUGGUACAGAUACAACUGUGACUUCAGUGUGGAACAGCACCAUGGAUAAGCUGAAAUGCUGCGGAUUCAGGAACUACACUGACUUUGAAGGGUCAACAUUUGUCAGCACUGGGAAUCUCUAUCCACCCACGUGCUGCAACCCCAUCAACCCCCCACCAUCAUGUGAUAUCACUUCAGCAGAAGCUGCGAAAAUUCAUGGCUGCUUUGAAAGCCUGGUGCAACUGAUAAAGAAUAACUCUGUGAUCAUCGCUGGUGUGGCUGUGGGAAUCGCUUUUAUUGAGAUUGCUGCCAUGGUGGUUUCGAUGGUUCUCUAUUGCAAGGCUGGCAAGGCGUGAUGUUUCUUCUUUUGGAAGAGAUGACUUUAAUUGGUGGAGAAAUUUUACUGAGCCAUUCUCUAUGUACAGAGUUGUUGUGUUCAUUCUUUGAUUAAGCACUUUGAUUUAGCACUUAUAUAUUUCUGUCAGUUUAUAAAUUUAUAUUGUGGUUUCUUUAUGUCUGAAGAAGGACUGUUGUUAAGUACUGAUUUUGACAUUUAAUCAAUAGAUGAAAUAAUGCACAGUGAGAUAUACUGUUAUGUCACUUUCAUAUUGUCAAUUCAUGUUGAUGACUAUAUUUUUGUAAUUUUGAUCAUAUUGAAAUAAAAAGAAAAUUUAAAAAAAAGG